UAUUGUCACACGUACCGAGAUACAGUGAAAAGCUUCUGUUUUGCGUGCCAGCCAGACAGACCAUGCCGUUCAUAAGUACAUCGAGGUAGUAAAAAGCAAACAGAAUGCAGAAUAUAGUGUUGCAGCUACAGAGAAACCCAGCCACGCAAUUCUCUGUGAAGUGUCUUUGGACGUCCUCAGGUCUUGAAAGGCGCUAUUAAAAUGCAAAUUCUUUCAUUCUUAUCCGCACAAAUCCUUGCUUUAUUUGUCCGCUUUAAGGGCGAGCACCUGGCUACCUCUCCCAUUACUUUUAAGCCCUGCGCUUCCCAAGGGUCAACUCUGGACGGAUCUGCCUGUAAAUGUUUGGAAAAAGCCACCUCUGAAGGUGAGGUUGGGAGCGCCUGCUCCAGUAUUUCCUGUCUUGCCUGGGCUGCCUGCCCCCUCCCUCCACAGUGACCUCUGCAGCGAUCACUGUUUCCGCGUUCACCUGUACCCGGCCAUGUCUCAGCCAGGCACCGAGAAGCGGCCGGCUCCCCCCGUCUGCCCCAGGUGCUUGGUCCCCGGGCAGCAGCCGCAGGGAUCGGGCCGGCCACCGUGCACCUGCCGGCCGGCUGGCAGCCCGGAGCCCGGCGCCCCGCCCGACGGCGGAGUGUGCCCGCUUCACCAAGCCCAGGCGGACUGGUUCUGCUUCACCGAGGGCAAGGCGGUGUGCGCCCGCUGUGUCAUCCCGGGGCCCUGCAGCGACCACCUGGGCACAGGCAUCGGACAGGCGGCCAACCGCAUAAGGAAUAAGCUGGUUGAUGUUUGUGAAAAACUGCAGCAGAGAAUAGCUUCAGUGCAGAGGUUCAUGGCAGAGACUCUGAAGAGUAAAGACCACAGUGUUAAGGAAAAUGCUAGCGGUUCCAGGGAGGUGAUCAUCCAGCGCUUGAACUUUAUACGUGAGGUAUGUGAGAAUGAGGAGCAGCGAUUGCUGGAUGUCAUCCAUGAGGAAGAGGAGCGAGCCCAACAGAGCAUCUUAACCCAAAAUACCUACUGGUCAGAGGCCCACAAAAAGCUAGUGGACAUUAAAAGUUAUUUGGUGGACACACUGACCAAAAUGGAUGAUGGUGCGCUUAUGAAACAGCAGAAGGAAAUAUUUGAAAGAGCGGAGGAAGCAGAGGGGAUUCUGGAACCCAAGGACUCAAACAAGCUGAACUUCAACCUUGCCUGUGCUCAUAGCGACCUCCUUAGUAGCCUAUGGGCAUCUGCAGUCAUGAUCUGUGUCGCAGGUGCCAAAAGCUUUCACAUUGAUGAGAAGACAUUGCAUUCAUCCUUGGCACUGUCGGAAGAUAAAAAGAGGCUGACCUUUGCAAGCAAGAAGGUCCAUUUGUACCCGGACUGUCCCGAGCGCUUUGACCACUGGCCCAACGCCAUGGGACUAGAGUCUAUCCAAAGCGGACUUCAUACCUGGAGGGUGGACGUGGAGAAAAGUGGUGCCUACAAGGUGGGGCUGGCAUACGGCUGUCUUCAACGCAAAGGUGCCGGCCAUGAGUGCCGACUCGGAUAUAACCCAUCCUCCUGGGUGUUCUCCCGGUAUGAUGAACAAUACACGGUGGCCCACGAUGGGCAGACGAAGAGCCUGGAUCUGCUGAGGCACCCGACAGUGAUCGGUGUGCUUGUAGACUAUGAAGGGGGUGAAAUCCUUUUCUAUGACCCUGACACCUGUGCCAUACUGCACUGUUAUAGAACAAAGUUCACCCAACCCAUAUAUGCAGCAUUGGCUGUGGCAAAUGAAAGUAUCACAAUCAUGUAAAUGCAGGUGGGUGGAUCAUUGGAUUGAGCGAUAUCUCUGAUUCUCACCUCAUAUUUUGGCUCUAGAAUUCCCUUAUUCCUUGAAGACACUCCAAUCUAGUAGUCUGGAAGUCAGCAACUGUACCAACACUGGUUUCAACUGACCACCAAGAUGAGUUGUCAACAUACAGAUGUUUCAUUCAUGGAUCAGAGUUUGGAUAAGAUGUUGACAAUGUCAAUUGACAUUGUAGUUAACCAUGGAAAGGUUGGGUACGUGGGUUUUGCUUCACCUGCUUUCUGAUCUUAUGUUCCCUCUUGAAAAAGAUGAACUUGUUAGUGUAAUUUUUAAUAAAAGUCAUUCUUGGCACAUGGCGUCUCUGGUCAGGACAGGAUGUCCUCCUCAUUCAUGGUUGCCCCGAGAAGGUGGUGGUGGACUGCUUUAUUGAACUAAUGGUGUUGGAUGGAAGCAAGUGAUGAUGUGGGCAGGAGCUCCUCCCACCACCAGGCCAGGCAAGACAAGGACAACAGAUUUCCUUCCCUAAAGGACAUCAGUGAACUGAUGGAUUUUUAUUGUACUCCAGUAUUUCCAAAGCUAUUUUUAUGUUACCAGCUUUUUAUUUUCAGGGUUUAGAAACGACCAACUUUGAGGAGUUAGUUCACCAUUAUGUGAAAUGCACUUGUUCAUGAGAUAGUUAAUCCAGUUACAUAUCUACUACGCUGCCUCAGUGGUAACAUUGGUAGAUCUUUGAAGGUAAAUAUUGGCAAGACAUUUCACUGUCAGGGACUUCUGGGAAAGAGGUGUCUUUGGAUAAGGACAACAGACAUCAAUUAAAGUUGAUUCCUCCUAAAAUGACCUUGGCAUGAUAAUGAUAACCCUACUAGUGUCACCUGGUAACUGCUGGAGAUGGUUAAUCUGAACCUUGUGGCUGGCAAUAGCCAUGAAGUUUUCAAUGUUGGCAGUUUAGGAAAGUCAGUGUCUGAUACUCAGACAAGGUCACUGUUAGUCUAGAACUCAGGAUCUCCAAACCCUUUUGAGGUGGUGCAGAGUUCAGAGGGUCUUAUUUCCUUGUACAGUGUGACCACGUGAUACUGAGGUGAAGAGGCAAGAGAGAUGAACGACCUGUCCCUACUCCUGUUCUCUUGUGUAUGCCCUAAGUCAGUGGGGCUGACAUGGUGAUCCCCUGUAGAGAGAAUUACAAUGUGAACUCGUGUUCUGUUGCUUUUCUCACCUCUACCUCUAUCUGCCCCUCCGUGUCUCCCCACUCCUCCCUCUCUGCCCCUCUCUCUUUCCCUUCACUUCUUGCUAUUGUCACACUGCCAGAUCCUUUAAAGGAAUUCAGAGAGGGACGGGGCCAGAGGAGGCCAACCUUCUGGGAUUGAACAGGAGUCUCCAGGAAUUAAUGUAAUACUAUGCACAACUCAAGCGAAAAGUUAGUAGGAGCGGCUAAAAUAUAUUUUUAAACAGGUUUACUUCUUAGUUGUAAAAGUAUUAGAAUCUGGCAGUGAGUGGGGCUGGUGGGCAGAGGCAGGAAGCAGGAGCAGGGAGGUGUGGUGGGAUGCUGUGCACGUAGGUGGGAUAGAGUUGGCAGGACUAGGCAGAUAGUCUGAACGCUAACCGAGGUUCUGGCGGAUUGUAUAACUGAAAGAGAUUGUCACCCACCACAGGACAUAUAGGGGAAUAAAAGGGGUGGCCAGGGGAUGCCCAGGAGAGUUGUCAUCACCUUUCAUGUCAUCAUCUGAAACAUUCUCUGAUGCUGACACCAGAGACUGCAGACACUGGAAUCUGGAGCAACAAACAAGAUGCUGGAGGAACUCAGUGGGCCAGGCAGCAUCUGUGGAGGGAAACGGACAGUAGAUGCUUCAUCUGGACCGAAAGCUAGAGGGGAGAGGGUCAGUAUAAGAAUGUGGAGGGAAAAGGUGGAGCAAGAGCUGGCAAGUGAUAGGUGGAUCCGGGUGAGGAAGGCUGACAGGCAGAUGGAGGAGGGGAGGGUGGAAAUAGUGACAGAGGCUUGGAGGUGAUGGGUGGAGGUGACAGAGGGUUGAAGGUGAUGGAGUCUGAUAGGAGGGGAAGGUGGAGCACGGAACCAAAUAUGGGAGGUGGGAACAGUUG